CGAGUCAUUUGCUACAUGCAAACAUAUCAAUUUCCAAAAUUUCAAUUUAAGUAGGUGAAAGGAUUUACCAUUGUCGGAUCCAGUGUAUCCCAUUCCUGCAAGUGACACAUUUAUGUACUCCAUUGGUAAAACAAAAUAACAAAUACGUUAAACAAAUAACUUUGAUGAACAUCAAAGCUUAACCGAAUUAGACAAUGGUGAAUGAAUAGACAUUAAGGGAGGUAUCGCGUCGCUGUUACGUUGAUGGUGAUCCAAAGAGGUGUUGGCGUUGGGUUUCAAUGUUAGUACUUGGCUACUUCAACCUUCAAGUGAGAAGAUGAAGGUGAUGAAGAAGGUGGUGGUUGGAAAUGAGUUUCAUGGGCUCACGGUUUUCAACUAUUCAUAGAGACAGUAAGAGCGGAAGUCGGUUUUUUUUCUUUAAAAUAUGGAAAGUGGAAAUUGAUCGUGUUACGAAGUACUAUGUAUAUAUGUGGAGCAGUUUAAGGAUUAUAUUUAAAACUGAUUUUGUAGUGUUUAAAAUUUGAAAUUAGAGCUGUAAAUGGGUUUUUGGAGGGAGUGAAUGAGAUUGCUGGAUUUGAGUUUGGGAGGCCGAAAACCAAUUUCUAUCACCCCUAAUUGUUCUACAAACAAAGGGUAUAAUACCAAUUCCAUAUUUCCGUCAGGCAAGAAGCCGCCGGAGGCGGUGGCGAUGUACGGCGGCCGGAAAACACAUCAGAUGGCGAAAGAAUUCUGCAGUGACGCUGUGACGGAUCAGUAUACUGUUUCCUAUUAUUAGGUAAUGAUCCGUUUGCUGUCAACCUUGAGAGGAAUUCCAAUCACGGUGAACACUUGUUUGGUGUUCAUGAGACUGAUUUUCUUGCAGCUAAUGAAGUCUCUGCUUUGAAUUGGAAAGCUCCCUGUUAUCCUAUGCUCGAAGGAGAGGAUGAUGUCAGAAUUGGUGGAAGGGUUGUUAAUAUCAAGUUGGGAAACUAUGUCAAGAAGAUAGGCAUUGAUGGAUCCCCUAAAGCAAUUAAGGAGGCAAUUAGAGCUUCCUUUGGUCUAAGAACUAGAAGGGUAUUCUGGUUAGAGGAUGAUGAAGGAAUUGUACGAUGCAUUGACAGGGAUAUGCCUUUAAGGGACUAUACUCUCAACUUAGAUAAAGUCGAAUCAUAUAUGUUUAUUGCAGGAUUGACCAUAAGAAUCAAUCUCUGUGAAGCUGCGAAUGAGAUACCAGUUCAUGUUGAGGAGAAAACAUUUUACAUGGAAGCUGAUUUCUAUGAUUUCCUCCACCGCCAUGGCUUUGUUGCGCUCAGAGACUUGAACUGUCAGAAAAAUGUAGACUCUAUUGGUGAUCUCCAUUCCGGCGAACUCUACCAGGGGUUGCAAGCUCCAGCUAGCUGAAACAGAACAAGCAUUCUAGUUUAUUUUCUGCUUUCAAGGUUUCAAUAAAAAGUUUGGUCUAGUUCUAUUUGUAUUUUAGGAUGUUAUACUUACAAAAAACUUAUGUCUUGGAUAAUAGAAAUUGUGAUUUUGUUUUAACUC